AUGACAUGGCCUUCGCCCUGUGACCACCUCACCAUCUACGAAUACAACACGACGCUUCGCCUGUCGGCGCUUACGUAUACGGCCAAGCCGCCGCGGGCGACGUAUUCCGAGUUCAAGGUGUAUACGCUCAGCGAGCUCAAGACAAAACUCAACCUUAGCUCUGAGAACCAGCCGUUUGUUGCCUACGCCGGCGAGAAGAUCCGUGUGAUUGUGGCUACAAUAGCAUCCGUGGCGUACGUGGCUAUCACAGGUACCAACUCGCCUCAGGAGGUGUUGGCCAACUUUGCUGUCCACGCGCAGCAAAUUGUUCCCCGUCGAGACGCCCACGCACCAACCGUGUACCUCAAAGACGUCCGCGGCCUCGGCAUCGUCCGCCUUGCCCGGGCUUUACUUGAAGUCGAUGAUAUCCAGAAGGUGAUUCUGUGUGGCCACAGCCGCGGCGGUAGUAUAGCCCACACGGCCCACUACGAACUCAUCUCGGACCCGCGCUACUUCUUUGACAAGACGAAGCUGCUCUCGGUCGCAUUCGGCUCGACGCCAUUCCUCAAGAGCGACGCACCCAACGUUGAUGAAGCGUCACGUUUCAUCACCUUUUUCACCGAUUCCGACGUGGUGCCAGCACUCUUCGUGGGUCCAGUCCUUGAACUUGUGCGCAAAGCGGUGCUCGAUGAGAAGAAGUUCGUGUCCACGCUGGUCACCCUCUUUGUUGGCAUCAACGUGGAUACGGUGUCGGAGCAGGCCAUGAACGACUGGGCCGCGGCGUUGAUUGAAUUCAAGUACUACGGAUCAUGGGUCAACCUGUCUACUUGGAAGGCAUGCAUCGAGAACGAGAACGAACAACAGGACCCGUCGUGCCCGUCGAACAACGACCCCGAGCCGACGUGGACCGUCGACACUAACCGGCAAAAGCUCUUCAAAUCGGAACCAUUCCUGCGCAAGCGAGACAUGGCCACGAUCAAGCAGCAACACAACAUUCAAGACACGUAUAUGCGAUUCAUCAGCGAGAGCGUGCCGUCCGAGCAAGCCGCGGAAGCGAUAGCGCUCCAAAACACGGUGCACUUGGUCGCCGCCUCGACCCUUGUGACGAGCGACAUGUCCAGCAUGUGGUUGGCUGUGCUUCUCAACAAAGCCAUGUCCGCCGCUGUCGUUACCAAGACCUUUGGCAAAAACGAGAUCGCUGACAAGGUUGCUGAUUUUGUGCUGGCGCAGCGCGCGUACCUCGAAGUCGUGUACAAGAUGGCCAAGGCAAACGACUCGACGCUGAACGUCGAGACGGAAGUGGACAAUGCGAUGCAAGGCUGGAUUAAGUUCCAAAAGCGCAUGGCCAAGAUCCAGGACCACUCCGAGGACACAAGCGACGCGCCGGAAGAAACGUGGAACAAGUUCAACGACGACAACAUCACGGCCGACAUGAACAGUCUCUCGAUCUUUACGGCGAUGGCACUUUCCACGAAUCACUUGAUCGCGCCUCCAAGCCUCUAUGCCCGAGCAAAGGAAGCCGCCACGACGCUGCUUCACUUUGCUUCUUGCAAAACCGUCAACGCCUUCCGUCAAGCAGAUAAGGCCGCACCCCAAGCGGUCAUGCGACUGCGGUCCGAGACGUACAAAGAACUCGGGAGCGCCUACGUUCACCAACUGCGAGUCAUGGCCGCGGUCACUGACAUGACGAUUGGCGAAGACGAGAGUGCCGAAGCAAUCGAGAAGGAGUUCACCACGACGGCCAAUCUCACUGUGCGAGACGCCGUGAAUCGACCCAUCGUUGAGAGCUUCAUUGCCGUGCUCAAGACAAUCGUUGCUCUGCGCAUGGUCUGUCAACGCCUUAUCUUCGUCGUCAUCAAUGGCAACCAAACCGUCGGCAAAUCGUGGUUUCUCCGCGCCAUCAGCAAGAAGCCCCCGCCGCAUCGCGACAGCACUCAGUUCCCCAUGUUUCAACCGUACGCCCCCAAUGGCAUCGAGAAUAUUGAUCCCAACCACGAGCACGUCUACAUUCUGGACUUGCCUGGAAACGACUCGGACAGCGACCACCGCCGACGCUUUGUCAAAGAACUUUACGGCAUCAGCACCAUCGGCAUUCACCUCUUUGCCUGCGACACGGAGCCGCGAAUCAGCGACAAGGACUUGCAGUCGAUGCGGCACAUGUUCAGCGGCUGCGACGACGUACUCAUUUGCCUCAAUAAGGCGCUUCUCAUGGCAAUCGAAUGGCAAGACCCCGAGGACGCCACGAGUGAAGCCGAACGUCCGCUUACGCCCAUCCGCGCUAAGUGGCGACAACACUUUGAAGCGAAUGGGGUCGAGUUUGACGGGGCGAAUACCAAGUACCACCUCAAGAUCACCGACAUGAAUGGAACGUACAAGCCAUGCCCGAAGCCCAAGUCGACACCGCCGUCCGCCGCUGACCAAGCAAGCAUUGUCAAAUACAACAAAAAGGUCGCAAAGAAGCUGAAAAAACUCCGAGCCAACGGCGGCGAGGAAGCACAAGAUGUCGUGAGAUGGCUCAACGCAGUGAUUCGCAAACUUCGAGCGACCAACGUUCCAUCGACCGACAAAUAA